UCUGACCGAAUGAGUCAGAAAUGGGCUAAGCCCAACUCAUACUGACAGGAAACAAAGGCUAUUUAAGAGCAGUGCGGGGAGAAGAGUCCAUCUUUGAGUUCAGUAGAAUGGAGUUCAGAGGCAAUUUAGCCAAGCAGAGCAUUUCAAUGAGUAGCUGAGAGAAGCCAGUUUGAAUCGGUCAGUUUGGAAAGGACUUUGAGACAGAACAGCUGAGUCAGCUGGCCAGCUUUGAGGAAGAGCUAGAGUGAGUUUCUUCAGUAAGCCUCAGAGGCUGAACCAUUCUAAGCAUAGAUUCGCAGACAGAAGCAGUAAGUCUAGGAGAUGACAAUUACAUCAGGUGAAUAAAAGUUGCUUUUACAAGUCGGUGUAAAGGUGAAGAUAACUUGACCAGCAGGAAGCCUGCUUGACCUCCAAAUAGUAUCCUAUCCCUUCAUCUGACAGACUGUACUUCCCCAACCCAGUUUUCAUUACUGGGGCGGUUCAGAUCAUCCACGUCCCAGAAUGGGGUUCCCAUUGUGUGAUGGGUUAAUUCUGUAAAGGCUGAGUGUAUGCAAAGACAUACUGCUAAUAUUAGAUUCACUUUGUGCCAGAAUAUUCCCUACAGUGGAGAACAGCAGUGGUACAGAUGACACUUGCAUAUCAGAGGCUCGUUAAGGAAGCUGCCUUUUCUAUAGGAAGUGAAAUAAAAGCUGCUUGCUACACGUUUGGCCAAGCUCGCUGCAACUGGUGGAACAAACUUUCUCACCUGGGCUCCACCCAAACGGGGCAAGGCACAUUGUCCUGGCCUGACUACACCUGUACUCGCUGCCCAGGAAACUAGGGCACCUCCCCAAACAUAAACAUAAAUUUGAAGGACUUGGAGAUGUAGCAGAGUUGGUCUAUUCUUUGUCUCUUUGCUCUCUUUUCUUUCCAGUCUACCUUUUCCCUUUUACCACAUCCUCUGUAGGACGCUGGUGUCUUUAACAGAUUCCAUCCCAUGGCCGAUUACUCUGGGAAGUCAGGACUUUUGCCCUGUGAGUCCUGUGAUAUGGUUUUCCGCUCCAGAGCUUUGUUGGCCAAACACACCAAGCGAUUCUGCAUUGGCGGACUGACUCCGGAGGUAACACUUAAAACACAGCCUUCAGUAGCCAUGGAACAACGAGGCACCAAGGUAAGAACCGCCAGUUGCCGGGGUAGGCUGUCCAGCAAGCCGUAUUCUCUGUUUUCAUCUCCCCGCUCCCAGAUUAUGGCACAAGAACAGAGGCGUUCAGAUCAGGAGGCCACCAAAUCUUCUCUAAAGAGACUGACAGAGGAGACGGAGUUGCUGAGACUGUCCCUACAGAAAAUAGGUCCCUGGGCGACUGACACUUCCCAGACUGCAGGGAGCCCUGAGGAGAGGCUGCGAGACUUGCAGGGAACACGAGCCAGACGCGUGGAGGAAACUGAAGCGCAAAGCCGAGCGCUGAAGCAACGCGGCGAAGAAUUAAAACGGCGCCUCCACAGCGUAGCGGGACCCAAGGGAGGAUUACCCCGCCCAAUAGUCUUGGAGCGCGAACUCAGAGAACUCAGGGAAGAGGCCAGCCGGACACGGGGAGCGCUGCAAACGUUAGGAGCGCGUGUUCAGGCGCUCCAGCCUCAGCCCGCCCACCAGCAGGACGCCAAAAGGGUAGUGGAAUUCUGUUGCCUGCCCCUACGGUACAACCCGGAAACGCUUGCUGAAGAGAUCCGGGUGCUACGUGAGGUCUACGUGCGCGGUGGAGGCCGGGACCCAGAAGUUCUGGACAAAAUAUUACAACUGCAAGUGGAGGCGUCAGCACUGGAAUUGCGGCGGUCGCAAAACCGCAAGGAAAAAGCAAGUGCCGCCUCUGAGGAGGCUCUAAUGGUGGAAGCCGAAAACAGGAUCCUGGAGGCAGAAAUUCUGGCCUUGCAGAAGCAGAAAGUCCUGAGUCUGUCGCCCUGGGGUUCCAGGGAUCUCUGGCGACACUUGAGUAGAAGGAGUGAUAACUCCCUCCUCCCUCCACCAGUUGCACCCCCAAUGCCACCAGUUACAAGUUCCACAAAAGUCCAGGACUUCCACGGCACUUCAAAGGCUAUAAUUAAUGGAACCAUGACAAGAAACUUGGGUCUGGAUCUCCACUUCCUACCAGCAUCGAAUGUUCUAGGUCCUGCACCCUAUGAUCCUGGGGCUGGCCUUGUCAUUUUCUAUGACUUCCUGCGGGGCCUUGAGGCUUCUUGGAUUUGGGUGCAGCUAAUGACAAGCUUGGCCCGAGAUGGACAGGAUACAGGAGGGGCCACAGCACUACCUCCAGCACUUUGCUUGCCGCCACCUUCAGCUUCUGGACCUAUAGGCAACUGUGCUAUCCUCGCAAGCAGGCAACCUGUGCCGAGGCUGCCUCCAUCACCACUGCUAUCUUUGAUCUGCAAACUACAGGCCUGGCAGGGUGUUACAUGGACACCACAACCAAAGGCUUGGGCCUCACUACUGCUAUUUGACCAAAGUCUGAGGGUGCUUAGUGGCCGUUGGCGCCUCCCACUUCGGGUCCCUCCUACCACCAGCCUCAGCUUUGCCCAGAUGAAUGAGAUGCCCCAGGCCGGCCAAGCUGAGCUCUUUCUGAGGCUGGUAAACGCAAGAGAUACAGAUGCCCAGACAUUGGCAGAGAUCAAUCCAGCAAGUGCCCAUGAGUACCAGUACCCACCAAUGAUGUCCAGUUCAUCUUCCCUGGAAUCCAGUUUCUUCACCCACAGUUCUGGCAUUGCUGACCCUCCACCUCCCACAGAAGAGACUUUUGUCAGUGUCGAGGAUAAAGAUGAGCACUUGAGUCCUCACCAGUUUUGAAGGAAACACUAAUUUCUAGACCUGCAGCUUUUAAAAUGGGGUCUUACAGCAGCAGCAAACAUUUGAUCCUUAAAUACUGGGUGGCUACAAAGAACACUAAACCUGCUUUUCUUAAACUAGCCAACUUUAUAUAAAAAGCCAACUAAUUUUCUUCUGCAUUUACUUUCCUUUUAUAAAGCAGAUCCAGGAAUAAAUGACCUCAAAAUAUUUAGUCAAA